AUGGCAGGACGUUCCCAACGACCCGUUACACCGACAAUAGAUGACUUAAACACGCUUGCACGUGAAAAUAAGGAUUUUGACACAAUUUAUCAAUGUAUUAUGAAACAUCCUGAAUGGUUAACACAAAUACCUAGUGGACGAAGAUGGGGAAUUAUUCAUCAGAUAGUCUUCCAUGGAAAUGUCGAUCAAUUAAAUCGUCUACUAACACAACAAGCACAAAAUCCAAAUUUUCUUUUAUUAUCAAAAACGGGUGAUGAUAAAACUGUCUUGGACAUUGCGCGAGAGGAGGUGAAAAAAAAUGCAGCAAUGUAUAAACGGAUUGAACGCUUAACAACCAUGGAUGAACUACUCAGUAAUGCAAAAGCUGAAAAUUGGACAGCAUGCAGAGAUUUACUUAAAAAAAUGCCUGAUAUUAUUAAUGAAAAACCAGCUUAUCGUAGAUUUUAUUUCAUUCAUCAAAUUGCGUAUGUGGGUGACCGAAGGGUAUUUGAUGAGUUUAAUCAACAAUAUCAUUUUGAUUUAAAUUUACUCUCUAAUAAUGACAAAUCCGCUGUCGAUAUUGCAAAUGACCAAGGACAUCAUGAUUUUGCCAAAUACGUUAAGAGUUUAAAAGAAAAAAAUCAAUCAAGAACAACAUCAGAUCAAAUUUCACGAGCAAAUCGUGCAAUAGAACGAAGUCGAGCAAGUGAUUAUAUAACGGCAGCAACAAGUGAAGACCCACAUAAGACACAGAAUGAUGAUGGACGACCGCUUCCCAGCAAUGGAGGUGGCAUUUUAGUUGGUCUUCAACCAAAUGAAAAAGAAAAUUUAAUUAAUUCUCUAACUUGUCCGUUGUCGGGAAAAAUACUCAGAGUUCCAGUUGUCGCGUCCGACGGUUAUACGUAUGAAAAAGAAAAUAUUCUUGAGUGGUUUAAAACAAACGAUAAAUCUCCCGUAACCAACGAAGUAUUCAAAGAUAGAGAAUUAAAACAGAAUUAUACGAUUGAAACUAUUCUAAAAUCAGUUCCUGUCCAGUCAUCAUUACCCACGACACUACCCACAUCGAUGUCAACAUAUUAUACCAUAAAAGCCGGUGAUACAUUAACCAAAUUAGCCGAACAGAAUGGAUUUAGUCUAGACCAAAUAAAAGCAGCAAAUCCGGAGUUAAAAAAUUACGAUCGAUUAGCAAUUGGACAACAUAUUAAAUUUCCACGUAAGAGAAGAGAAACGUUUUCAAGAGAUUAG